AUGGCAACCAACGCCUCCGAUGCCACCUCAGCAUUUCCUGCAGAUAAAACCGAAGAAAAAUCGAUUUCCUCCAGCUGUUGGCUAAUGGCUGCAGGGUCAAAACGUAACACAAGAAAAACAACAGAAUUCUAUAGUUGUGUGCGACUCUUCCACUUUGCUGUUUUGUACAAAAUGAGUUUUGGUAUGAAUAAACCCGAAUUAUACAAUGCCUCAAACGAGUUGCAGAGGAAAGCUGUUCUCAUGUGUCUAAAAGAAUACUCCCACAAAAUCAAAUGGAACAAAAUUGAAGACACAGGCAUCGACCUAGGAUGCGGGGACGGAAGCGUCUCUGUUUUGGUCAAGAACUUUGCGCCCUACAGUUACAAGAUGUUCGUAGCAUGUGAUAUCAACGAGGAAAUGAUUAAUUUUGCUAGUAAGCGUUAUGUAGAUGAAAACAUCUCGUUUAGAGUAUUGGAUAUAGGAGGAGAGAUACCUGAAAAUAUGAAGGGAGCAUUCAAUCAUGUGUUUUCCUUUUACGCACUACACUGGGUUAAGGAUCAAGAAAAAGGGUUCAGGAACAUUCACAAACUCAUGUCAGACGGAGGCGACUGUUUUUUGGCAUUCUUAGCAAGUACCUCGAUAUACAGUAUCUACGCGAUCCUGGCACACGACCCAAAAUGGAAGUCUUGGCUCAAAAAUGUUGAUGGAUUCAUAUCCCCGUACCACGAGAUGAAAAAUCCAGAGAAGAAAGUAGCAGAAAUAUUGGAAAAAUGUGGUUUCAAAAAUAUUGAUGUGACAUGCAAAAAACUGACAAAUAAAUUUGAUACGGUCGAGGCACUGAAAAAUACGGUAAGAUCCGUGGAACCGUUUAAUAUGCCGAAAGAAGUAUUUGACGAUUUUAUACAAGAUUAUAUAGCCGUGGGUCAAGAAACCGGGAUCUUAAAUUUUAAUACCAAUGAGAAAUCAGAAACAAUAUCAGUCACAUACGACUAUACUCUUCUAGUGAUCUGUGCAAACAAGUGA